UUAAAACAUGUUUUGUUUUUGUAUGAAGUUUUAUUUUGUCGCGCGCUCGUACCCGUUUUAGUUGUCCCACUGUUUCAGCUUGUGUUGCGUUUUCCAUAUUUUCUUUGAUCAUACUCUGGUGGAAAUGAGUAGUUCGUAUAGACCAAACCAAUGCAUUUCAUAUUGUAUUUAUGCAGUUCUACCUCUUUUUUCCCGCCUCUUCCCCAGACAUUCUGUCUAGUUGUCGCUUAUAUUAAUUCUCUAAUUUCCGCACUAAAAAAGUGUUAACUUUUUUUCUUCCAAGGAAGCCUUGCGUGCCUAAAAUUCUAGACUUUUCAUAUAGAUUUGAAAAUAAAGACGCACCAACGCAGAAGAGGUGAUAAAAUAGCUGACUUUGAGCAAAAUAAAACCAUAUUUGGGGUCCCUAGUGUUGUGGAUCGAUUCAAGGGGGGAUAGUUGGAAAGUUUUGUUUAUCCUUUAUUGCCAGAAGUAUCUAACAUCGGUUAAUUGAUUUCUGUUUUCAAAAGGAACCAAAUCGAGUAGCGAUAUGCAUCUUUACGCGAUCUCUUUCAUCUUUUUAUGGAAGUUCAUAAAAAAUAAUAAUAAUCGAACCUAGAAAGGGUGUACUGUGGGGAUUAAUUUUGGAUAAAAUGGUCGCUGUCCAUUUAAAGUCUUUGUGGCAUUACAGAUAUGAGUCCAGUCGAACAGAAGAUUGUGAAACCAAGCGAUAACGUGGUUCUCUCCGGAAAUGCUCGGCUUUAAAAACAAGAAUAUUUUUAAAACAACAUAAGAUUCACCUUAUACACAUCUGAGAUUUUUUUUUUUUUUUUUCCUUUUUGCUAAAAAAUUAAAUUGUUGGUUUAGCGUGGAUUAUUUUAUCGGCAUAUCAUGGAAUUACAUUUCGUCCUUCGUUUACUUAAAGUGACUCUAAUUUACUUCAAUGUAAUCAAUUUUAUCAAGAAACUGGAUCAUGUGAUCGAAUCACGUGACCGAGUAUCAUUUUCCCCCCUUCAGCUUCCCCGAAGAUAAAAGGACAUCUUUCCCUGAGGUCGGAAACACAUUUGCUUCAUUUUCACUGAAAAUACUGAUUCCGAGUUUCUUAGGCGCUCGGUAGCUUUUAAUUCGGUUGUCUUGGCGAACGUUAUUAGGAAACUGUGAACAUCAAGUAACGAUUUUCGUUUAUUUUAGUCAAAUGUUAAUCGCCUUAGUGCUGCAGUUGGCCGAGCAAAUCGAAUGGUCUAGAGUUAAAAGCUUAGAGAAACAAAGCCGAUUGGAUCACAGAACUUCAAAUUAGAAAGCUGAAGAUCAACUACCAAGCUAGCCGAUGGUUUAACUAAGAAAAAUAACACUGAUUUAAAUUGAAGGAACUCGGGUGCGUCGUAUUUGCGUUUGUUAGUGUUAUACAAAGCCUGGCAGGUGCUCUACGUCAUAAGGUGCAAUCAUUGAGCUUAAAUAGCCGACUGGCAAGCCAGUCAUACCUCACUACAAAGAUCAGUAACGCCGUGAGCAACCCAGUCAAACAAGUGGACUAAUUCAUCAGACCUCGCGGAGAAUAAUUUAAAUUACGGGUCGCCGUGAAGUGGCUAGGAAAUUCAAAGUGAAUCCAAAGAACUGAAGCCAAGAUGUUUACGGAGCUCUGGAUUUCGGUAACUUUAGCAGUCAUCGGCGCGAUKAUAACCGUGGAGAACCUUUUAGUGUGUUAUGUUGUAUAUCGCUAUAGGAGCCUUCGUACGUUCACUAAUGGAUUUAUUGUGUCGCUGGCUCUCUCGGACGCGCUUUUCGGUGGCGUGUUUUUGCCACUGGAAGUCGCUGACAAAGGUGCCGAGGCUAAAGAAUAUCUCAAAUCCAUUAUACUUCAGGCAAACGUGUUUAACCUUUUAGCAGUAACAUUCGAUCGUUACCUCGCUGUCAUUACUCCUCUGAGAUACGUACCGUUCAUGGAUAAACAUUUUUUGAAACUACCCUUUGCGGCUUGGACUUGCCCGGUCUUGAUUUCCUUGAUUCCCUUGAGCUGGGAAAACGACUUUACUAGCACAGCCCAUCGAGUUUUUCUGUUCUGCAUUCUCAUUCUUGGAAUUGUUAUUCCCUAUACUUUGAUCCUAUUUGCCUACGUGCGUAUAUUUCGAGAAGUGGCACGCCAAGUGAAGAAUCUCGCAGCCAUGCAGAAUUAUCCUGUGGAUGGACGAGUGAUGGAGGAGAGAGGCAGAGUUCAUAGUGAAGCGAGAGUGACGCGAAUUUUCGCCGUUAUUGCUGCUAUUUUUGUGAUUAGCUGGAUGCCCGUCAUUUACAUGACAACAGCUGAAGCUAUACAACGCAUCGACAUAGUACCCAAGGAACUCGUCAGUAUUUCAUGGUUUACACUUGUCAUUGGCUGCCUUCUCAACGCUCCUAUUUAUGCCUUUUUCAAAGCUGACUUUCGAAAGACGUUCAGUCGUAUGUUUUGCCGAAAAAAGCGCUCAAGAUCAACCUGGAGCCCUGAAGACUGUAGUACUCAAUAUAGCGAAAGACCUAAGUGGGUCUGAGUUAACGAGAAACCCAAGCCACUUGACUCUCAAAUUUACUAGGGCUAACGCUGAAAAAUUGUUGACUGAAAUCAAGGUAAAGCUUAUCUUCGAAUCAAAUUUGAAAAGAAAAAAAAAAAACGAAACAUGGCGCCGGUUUUGCACAGCACUCGCAGACUUAUUCAGGAAGAAAAGAUUACAAUGGCACGGCUAAUAAAAAAUAGUAAAAGUAAUUUCCCCUUGGGCAAAUCUUGACUAGCAUAUGUUUUACCAAUCACGAAGUGGCAUCUAUGAUGGAAGCAAAAUAUUAUCGCUGUAUAUCAUCAGAGCUGCUCACAUUAUUUUCAGUGAGCAACCAGCCCAAGUAUAAUGAAUAGGAUCAUGUUAAGGCGAUAGAGGUUUUAUACGGAAGAGGAUUCAUUUAAAGAGUCUUUUUCAAGCUCUUAACCACGCAAUUUUUAGUACUCUUAGUUCUUAAUUUCUUCUACCGUGUACAUGUCUCUUCCAAGUAGUUAUCCGAAGGGACACCUACGAUUCUUCCUAUAGAGAGGAUAUUAAGAGUUUUUUCUUCAGUMUUGACAUAAACCAAGCCAGCGUGAAAGGGAAUUAUCGCUGAGGUGAAUAGAAAAUCCAGCUUUAAUUAGCUCUAGGAUAUCCGCUUUUGAAGAACUGAACACCAAUAUCAUUAGUACUUGUAUAAAUCGAGGAAUUCCCUUAAAUUUAAACUACGGUCGACAUUGAUGGACGUAUUUGUUUAAAGUACUUAAUACUGAGUACAGCGUUUCAAAAAAACUAGCAAGGGAUUUCCUAGGGGGGAUACUGGGGUCGUAAUUCUCUACUUAACUCAUAAAUACAUCAUUAAACAUCAUUAAAAUCCUCUGAAGUUAUUAACCUUUAUCUUUGGAAUCUUUAUUAUCGAUAGUUAGAUAAACAACAUCAAGCGCAAAAACUAUAUUUGGCUUUUAAUGAUUUAGUCAUAGAACAGUAAUCAAGGAGUAUUAGUUUUGGAGUUUUCAAUGCGGGAUGCUGUGCUUUCUAUCAAAUGCGGCUCCGCCUUCUAGGAAAUAAGUUAUGCUGUGCAUGACUGGGUUUAAAAAACGAAUGGAAUCUUCCAUGAACUGCAAUAUUGCCCGAGGAAGUAAGAGGCAGUAGUUGCUUAUCGCAUUGCGUCCAGAUGAACUUUACUUUCUACGCAGAUUAAGUCAGUGUCUAAAAGCGGCGGGAAAGAUUUGUGGCGCUAUCAGGAAAAGGAUCUGUGUACGAAAUGUUAUUAAUCACGGUUUGUGAGAGCUGCAAAGAGCUUUUCACUGAGCACCGACUAAUUGUUGUCUAUUUAAAGAUAUGUGUGCACUUCGUUUGUCGCCGGUAGAGAAUACGAUACAGCGAAUACAGCGGGAUUGUUUUUUAAACGUU